AUGUUUGCAAGACGUUGCUGCUGCAGCUGCUCCCCCUGGGGGGCUGCCACAAGCAGGUGUCUACACGACAAGACACGUUUGAGCUUUCUCAGGCCCUGUUUCUCCCAACUUCCCCCAAAUUUCCGUUCUUCCUCCCUCACCCUCCCUGGCUCCCAGGAUCCUCAACCCCUCCAAAUCCAAACCUGCCAUAGCAGAGAUCCUAUACCAGAGGGAGCUUGGGGUCCUGAGGGAGGCAGGGUGAGAGGGGGAUCCCAAGACCUGGCGGCAGGGAGAGAGGCUGCUCAGCGGCUCCAGGGUGUCCUAGCAGCCCCUUCAAGGCAAGGACCCCUGCUUCUGCGUCGAGACCCUGCACAGUACUGCCAUGCUGUCUGAGGAGACCCAGACACCCCAAACUACCACAGGUGCAGCCUCUUGAAACCAGGAUACCAAGGACAGAGUUGCUUGGGGGCCAAGAUGUGACAUUUCACUCGCUGUCACAUCCCUGAUGCCCAUCUCCGUGGUUAUGCCUUGUGGCCAGAGCAGGAACCCUCACAGCUAAUCCAGCCAGGUGGGUCUGGGGUCCAAAACACUGAUUUUCUCCUGUAUGUGUGGGUUGCCCACACUUCCAAGUGCCACCAAGAGCCCUCUAUCGUAACCUGUGCUGCCUGCUGCCAGCUGGACUCAGAAGACAGGCCCCUUGCUGGUACGAUUGUCUUCUGUGCCCAUCUCACCAACCCCAGCCUCAGCCACAGUGACAUGGUCAUGGCCACACUCCAUGAACUGCUCCAUGCCCUGGGUUUCUCUGGACAGCUCUUUGAGAAAUGGCGGGAUUGCCCUUCAGGUUCUACACUCAGCGAGAACUGUUCUACAAGUCAACAAGUGACAAGGCGAGAUGAGCGGGGACAGCGGCUUCUCACCAGCCUGGCCCAGCACUUGGGACUGCUAGGGGUUUCACUGGGCACUCCCUCGGAAGAAGAAGUGACGGUGAGAACAAUUUGGGGUGAUGGAAGGAAGAGGGGACGGUCAGGUGGCACCAGCUGUCUCCUCCCAAGGGGCCCUUUGUCUUCACACUGGGAGGCCUGACUGCUCCAGAACUGUAUAAUGACUGCUACGUACGAUGGCGCCCAGCACGCUCGGCUUGACCCAAUCACUCUCGCUGCCUUCAAAGACUCAGGCUGGUACCAGGUCAACCACAGCACUGCAGAGGAGCUGUUGUGGGGCUGGGGGUCUGGCCUGGAAUUUGGCCUGGUGACCACCUGUGGAAAUGGCACCUCAGACUUCUUCUGUACUGGCAACAGACUGGGCUGCCACUACCUGCACCUGGACAAGGGAAGCUGCUCCUCAGACCUCAUGCUGGAAGGCUGAUGCAGGUAUCAGCUCUUGGCCAAUGGGAGUGAAUGCUGGAGGAAGGAAAAUGGAUUCCCACCUGGGGCGGAGAAUCCCCAUGGGGAGAUCUACCAUCCCCAUAGUUGUUGCUUCCUUGCCAACCUCACUUCACAGAUGCUUCCUGGGGACAAGAUCAGGCAUCCCUCUCAGAUCCCACACCUCAAGGAAGCAAACCCCCUGCCUGGCCACUGCUACUUACAUCAGUGCACAGAGAGGGGAGUGUACAGGCAGGUGGAAGGAUCACCCUGGGUCCCACGCCUUCCAGGAAAGGCUAUUCAGAUACCUGGGAACAAUGGCCAGCUCUUAUGUCCCUGGGGUUGGCUCUGUUAGACAAAUGAAGGUACCGAUGCUAUCAAUAUUACUUACCCACCUAUAAGUCUUUCAACCUGACCUAUUAUUUAGCUUCCCCCCCCCCCCGCCCCAGGCCACUCCCUGGGGAAGGAAGAGGGCGAAGAGCUAACUGAAGCAGUUCUACAAGGCUCUGGUGAGCACUGGUGGGUAAAUCAAUGCUAUUUCCACAGUCUCUUGAUUUCCACCAGUCUGGUCUUCACUGUGCAUAUGUGGAAAUCCCCUGGCUGCCAAGGGCCUUCAGUUGGUAUUCUGCACAGGGUCCUGACCCUGACUCUCUGGAAGAAACCUCUAGAAGUAUAUUAUGGAGGAGCCACCUUUACCAUAGAAUACAGCAAGUUUCUAGUUACUUCAGACCAUAAUCCUUCCAUGACCCACCUCAGUCUGUCCAUGGGACUCUGCCUAAUGUCACUUACCCUGGUGGCUGCACUGGGAACCAUGGCCUAUCAGAAACGAGCUACUCUUCAGGUGGGACCUUCUGCCCCUUACCAUUCACUAGAGCCCCAAGGUGCAACAGCGGGCCCAGUUGGAGGAAUGAGGGAGGUGUGAUGUUACCCAGAGCAUGACACAGGUUAGGGCAGAGAUGAUUUCUUAGGAGAAACUGGAUGGAAAGUCGAUCUAUUGUCUAUAUUUAAGUUCUACUUUUCUCAGAAUGCCUCCUUCUGUGUAUAUCAACAUUACACUAGCCUUGCAAUGAAAAAAAAGUAAAGACUUAUGGUUCUGAAAAUCUGUUCUUUAUUUUGAUACAAAAAAU